AUGACGACGGAAGAGAGGAAGAAAUCAUCAGCAUCUCCGUCUACGAAUCCUCCUCCUCCGACAUCGUUUUCGUCGUUACCAAACGACCUCGUUCUGAACAUUUUAGCUCGAAUCUCAAUAAUCCAUCGCCCAACACUAUCUCUCGUCUCCAAGAGUUUCAGAUCACUCAUCGCUUCGCCUGAUCACUACGCAACACGUUCACUCAUCGGAAAAACAGAGGAUUCCCUCUAUGUCUGCUUAGACCUGAAUACACUGCCUCGAUGGUUCACUCUUGCACCAACUCCCAAACAACAUAAACUGAUACCAAUCCCUUUGUUUAACUAUCAACAUCCGAGAUAUUCAACUGUUGUUUCAAUUGGUUCAGAGAUUUACGUAAUAGGAGGAUUCUUAAAGGGAAAGAGAAGCAGAAGAAUGUUGGUUCUUGAUUGUCAAUCUCAUCAAUGGAGUAGACUCCCUAAAAUGCGUGUACCUCGUCAAACUCCAGCCGCGGAGGUAAUUAACGGUAAGAUCUAUGUGAUUGGAGGUUGUGGCGAUGAGCACGAGAACAUUGAGCAUUGUGGUGAGGUUUAUGACGCAAACUUGGGAGCCAUUAUCGCCAACAACACUAGAUAA